AUGGUUACUGUCGGGGUUGCGUGUCUAGUAGGAGUCUACACGGGAACGAAGUUCUUCGAGCCCAUUGUUAUCGAUAGAUUGCGUAAGGAUGGAAACUUAAGAACGGAUGUUCCCAUCCCGGAAUACGACGAGGACGGAAAUUUACUGAAGGUUACUCCGCCCUUACCAUCCACACCACCUACAUCACCACAACAAUGA